GCAGGAAAACUUGAUCAAACAGUCAUUCAAAUCAUGGAGAACUCAGGUAUUGAUCGUGGUCAGCUUCUCGAAUCUCUAGGACGUUGUGCCUAUGACCACCUGACUGCCACCUAUUUGCUUUUGGGCGAAUCGCUUCGUACAAAUCGACAUAGUCUGCCGCAGACUCUUGCUCCACGCACUGAGGAGAUUGAGGUCCUACGUCAGGCACGCAAUCGGCAAUCACAACAGAAUACUAAUCAUCAUCACUACCACUAUCAUUACAAUCAUCAACAGCAGCAGCCACACGCCCGUUCUUCCUGUCCUUCUGGUGGAGUUGCCGUUGAACUGCUCUUUCAACAUCACCUUCCUACGUGGUACCAGCACGAGGCUUUGGAACGUCGGGGCGCCUGUUUGGGUGUGAAAAACUCGCCUUCAAUCUCCGUUGCUACCGCGGCUGCCACCGAUGUCAGUAGUGGCAGUGCUGACCGUGGCAGUGGUAAUAGCAGUGCAAGUGGCGCAAAUUCCACAGCCAAUGUCUUUGUGAGCCCCGGCAAUGGAGGCUUUGGUGUCGAUAAUGCUAGUAGUGGUGUUGGUGUGAAUGACGUCCCUAUCUAUCCCUCCUCUCAUCCCCGUCAAGGCUUCCUCUUCGGACCGACGCUGCCCCGUGUGGCGGAGUUUGCAGGGCCCAUUGGCGGUGUUGGUCUAGGUGUCGGUCUCCGACGUACUGAUGCUUCACCGUCACCACCAACCUCGCCGAUUAAUCUGAGCAGUCGCAAUGUUGAGGGCGACUGUUUUGAACCCGACUGGUUUCCUUACCAAUCGGAGGGCGUUGCUUCUUCGCCCGCACCUAUCUUCUCUUUUGGAGGCGAACUUACUCCUCGGCAAAGCAACCGCUCCAUACUCGGAGCGCCCUCCUAUACAGUGAAUCCCCUCCGUACUGCAAAUGCGAUGUUCUUCUCCACUAAUCCAACGGAACCAGUCGAGGUCUGCACAGCGGCCCUCCAACACACUAACGUCUCAAAUCCAUUUGGAGGGCAUCAGACUGCUGCUGCACGUGAAACCGAUUUGUCCUACCCUCAUCCCCUUACCACCAUGCCCUCAACUUCAGGGGAUACUAUUCCUCAUUCGCAUCAUCAACAGCGUCGCUAUAGUGCUACUGGUGCUUCCACUCGCCUCCUUCAUCUUCCCCCACCACUUUUACAGUGCGCCUGCGAAUCUCAACACCUCUAUGAAAAGUCUGUAAACGACGAACAUACUAGUGGUCUGGGAAGCUCCAUUGAGGCAGACUCACAUCACUCUAGCUUCUCUCAACCCACUACUGUUGCUCCUUGCCUCACCGUUUCGCACUUUGCUCCCAUGGAGACAAGUUUCAAUGAGGAUGUAGGCAUCGACAUCCCCGCUCGUACGUCCCGUAAACAUAUUUCUGCACACUCGCCACUCCAGUCCUCUUCCUCCUCGUCAUCUGCGGCUGCAGCUGCAGCUGCUGCAGCAGCUGCCGCCGCUGCUGCUGCAGCACUGGUGAUCGGAUGCCCACGUCGCAAGUUCGGAGUGAGUGAGCGUCCACCGGCACUGGCGGAGCAAUUGAGCCGGUUUCAGGGUCUUGCACAGUUAGGCCAGUUGCACCAACUGGCGACUAAGGGUGUGGGCGAUCAACAACCACCGACCCAGCCCUACAACAGCAUGGACUUUUGA